GAUUGUUUAAAUAAUUCUAAACAAGUUCAAAAUAAAGUACGAAAAUGCUCUAGUUUUCGAAAUAGAACGAACAAUGAAGAAUUAAAACAGGCAAGAAAAUCAGUGUCUUUUGACGAUUUAACGGUGUUCAGUGAUAUAAAAGCAGUGAAAACAAAUGGAUCUUAUCCAAAAAGUGUAUCCUUACGUAAAAUUCAAAAUAGUGCAUCUUAUACAAAUUUUGCAACAUUAAACCAUCGUCAGAAUGAUCAAAAGAAUGGGGCUGAUAAUUUUCUAGCGGAGUUAAAAGCACGACUUGUAGAAAUAAAUCAGGAAAUACAAACACAAAAUCCAUGACCGUGUAAUGAUUCAUAAAUUAUUUAAAAAGAGACAAUAAAAACAAAUCACACACAAUGUAUAACUCAAAUGAAAAUAAUUUAACUCCGCCACUGCACAAAGAUAUCGACGCAUUAUGGUUAGCAAAAGAUAUGAUUUUACCAGAACCAAGAUCACCGUCACCAGUAAAUUUCGAUACACAUUCCAGUCCAGAUGUAUGUUUACGCGAACAUACAAAUCGAUGUUAUCGAAAGACCGAACGUCAAUGUUUAUAUUUACCAAAUCCACAAUAUUUAAAACUCGAAUCGACAAGUUCCAGUUCGACAUCAUCAUCCGGCAAUAGUUUGGAAUCAAUUAUAUUCGAAUCAAUUGAGAAUGUGCACAAAUUAGACGAUGACCCGGAGGACAUGUACAAUAAAUCAAAUAUAAAUGAGAUAUUUGACACGGAAGAUAAUGUGGUCCCUCCAAUUCCACCAGCACGAAAGAAACGUAAAGAAGUAAUCUACGAGAAUAUCUGGGAAUGUCGAAAAACUAGUUCGGAAGAUAUCAAAUAUGAACAGUUCGAAAAUGAUUCCGAAGAAUUAUCAUCGCCAUCCAAUUACGAUGAAGUGCUAACACAAGCGUCAUGUAGCAGCGGUGUUGAUGACUUUGAUUUUUACACAUCUGUUUCGUCAAUCGAUGAAAAUAUUUACGAGAACAUACCAACCCCAAAAUAUAUGUAUCCGCAACUUCAUUGUCGAUUAUGGCAGAGUACACCGAAUUUGUAUUUAUGUGCCGCUGAAGAAGUGAAUAUUGCGUAUGAAAUUGUUACGCCAAUACAUAAUUCAACAUUGUUAACGGUAUCCAAAUUAGACUUAUUAUGUGAUCGUGUUACAGUGCGUAAAAAUAGUGUUACGUCCGAUAUUUUUGAAUGGAAUCGCAGUUUGUUACGUUCGUAUUCAAGUGAAAGUAGUUUUACUGUAAUGGAGGAAAAAUCGUUGUUAGCAGAUAGUAAUUUCCAUUCGGCGGAAUCAUCGCCCGUACAAUUAAGGAAACGUGAUACUUUAAGUCCAACACCUAGCACAAAUAACAAUUAUUUUCGACAAAAUUUCCUAACUAUUAAGAGUAAAUCAUUUGUUAGAUUCGAUAGUCAUCGAACGAAACAACUUGUUGAUGAAAAUACAUUAAUAAUCGUUAAAGAAGGCAAAAUCGAUCGAUCGAAAAUUGUCGAUUGUAAUCGUAAACAAAAAAAAUGGAUUCAAAAUUCAUAUGGCUGUUUAACCAAAAAAUCAUUUUAUUUAUUUGAAAAUAAGAAAAUUUUCGAUACUAUGAAAGCUGGUGUUAAAGAUAAACGUAAUUACGAUAUAAAAAUUGAUUUAAAAGCUUGCAAACUUGAUAGAAAAUCUGAGUACACAAGUCGUAAAAAUGUUUUAGUAUUAACUGAUACGUUAAAUGGAUCCGUGAUUUUACUACAAUUCGAAAAUCAAUUAGAAAGAGAAGAUUGGUAUAAUUGUUUGUCGAAUUCAUUAGAAAUUGUUCCGAUAACUCCUAUCACAUCAACAAGGCCUCAAACAUUCAUCGAAGGAUUACAAACAUCGCCAAAAGAACUUAAUUUCAAAGAUCAAAAACGUAUAAAAACAAAAUUAAAAUUAUUCUUCGGUGGACGCAGGCCAUCGGUUGAUGACUUAAUUAAAAACGGUAUUUAUAAAGAUGAACCAGUGUUUGGUAGUGAAUUAAAUUUAUUAUGUGAUAAAAUGGAACGACCCAAAGUACCAGAGUUUGUUAAGGCAUGUGUUAAAGCCAUUGAACCACAUUUAGAAACAGAAGGGAUUUAUCGUGCUAGUGGGAAUUUAUCACAAAUACAAAAAAUACGAUUUGAGGUCGAUCAACAUCGUUACGAAAAUUUGAAUGUCGAAAAAAAUGAUAUUCAUGUAUUAACUGGUGCUUUAAAAUUAUUCUUUCGUGAGCUUAAAACUUCACUAAUUCCACCGAAUGAAUAUGAUAGCUGUAUGGAAGCCACCGAUUGCCAUGAUAUUAAUAAAACUGUUAGUCAAUUACGGAAAAUACUUAAACGAUUUCCAGAUUCCCAUCGGGAUACUCUACAAUUUUUAAUGAAACAUCUACUCGAUGUUUCGAAAUACGAAAAGGAAAACCGCAUGGAUGUGCCAAAUUUAGCUACGGUUUGGGCACCAAAUUUAUUAGAGAAGCAUGUGACAUCAUCAUCCAAAGACUUUAGUAUGUUUGUGGAUUGUACACUUCAAAUGAAUUUAAUUAAGACAUUCUUAAAUAAUUAUAACGAUAUAUUUAAAUAAAAAAAAAAAAACGUCCAAAACGGUUUUCGGUCCAAAUUACAUAAAAAAAAAACCUUGAUGACUUGCGCAUUUAAUGAAUUACAAUUCAUUUUAAACGACAACGAAAAAUUAUUCAUCUUAUUUCGGCUUGCUGCAGAUCGUCAAAUAAAUAAUUGUCAAAUAAUUUGGUCCAAAAAUUUCCAAAAAUCAUUGUGUAUACUCAAAAGUUUAUGAUAAUUUUUAUAUUUGCAUUUAUUUUUCAAAUUUU